CCCGCCUCCAUCCAUCAUCCAACCCUCAUCAACUAUGACAUUCUUCAACAAACCCACCCAAGCACCAAACCCACCGAACCCCCAAACAAAAUGGAAACUCUACCAAAAGAAACUAAAAUCCCUUCGCACCACGCUCUUCCACCGCACUCCACCCAAACCCAACCCCAUUGACCGCAGCCCCUUCCCCUUCCUCCGCCUCCCCCCCGAAAUCCGCACCCAGAUCUACCACCUCCUUCUAACAGUCCCCGACGACGGCGCCCUCUGGCUCCGCUACAGCCUCCCCCGCCAAAAAUGGUGGGAUGCCACUCCCUUCUGCCAGUCCCCGGGCCCACGAACCCCCCGACCACGAGUUACCCUCGGCCUGCUCCUAACCUGCCAUACCAUCCGCGAGGAAGCCCUCCCCAUAUUAUUCAGAAUUAACAAGGUCUGGCUGGACGCCCCACCAGGGAAAUGUCUCGAGUUCUUAACCUCCCUCCCGCCCACGGUCUCGGGGGGCAUCCGGGAAAUGAAACUCUGGAUAGACGCGUAUUUAAACUGUGGCCGGGCAACGGGAAACUUACCCAGCUUUUCGCCCGAGGUGAAAGAAGAGCAUAGGCUUCGUGUUGAGGAUGAGUUACUCACGCCCUGGGGGGAGCUUUUUUCAUGGAUGCAGGGGAAUUUGAGAAUGUUGAAGACCCUGCACGUGUGGUUUGGGCCAGGGAGGUCCUGGCAUGCGGGGAAUUUGGGUGCGAUAUCUUUGGAGUGGCAGGGGUUUUAUCGACGUGGGUGGUUGGAGAAGAUUUGGGAGAUGAGGCAGGUGGAAUGGGUGUUGAUAGAAGCGCAGUUGGAAUGGUGUGAGCAGAUGGAGGAGAGGGAUAGGGAGUCGUUGCGUGAUUUGAUGGGUGAUGUGCAGCUGGUGAAGGGGUUCGAGGAGGUAUCGCUCGAGUGGAGUCACUUUUUCUUUUUGUCGAGUGCGUGUGAGCAGUUUCCCGAGACGAGUUUGUGUAUCUCCCUGCGGCGAGGGGAGGGGUUGGGGUUGGGUGAAUUGCCCGAGUAUAAACCCAUCUAUACACUCAAUGAUAUGAUUUGUCCGAGGAUUUGCGGUUUCGCGGAGCCGCAGCCGCCGCGGUCACCGAAUAAUUGUCGGUGAAUUGUGAUGAGAUGGUUGUUCUUGGAUAGAUGUCAGGGUGGAUUGGUGCUGAUGUUUGUGGAAUGGAUUAUGAUGAUAAUUAUGGCACAGUAAGAUGUUUCUCUGACGCUGGAUGAAGCUGGUAUGGCAAGAUAUUGUAUUCUCAGCGAUACACAGAUUUUAUGUUCCAAGCGGCCUAAGAAGCCAAAGCUAUGGACCAUAUGUCCCCAGUAACAAAUAGCAUUAGUGGUGUAGCG